CAUCUCCUCUCUAUUUUUCCACUGAUAGCCCCAGACCUUGAACGAACAUGGUACAGAAGUAUCAGUCCCCGGUACGGGUUUACAAGUACCCGUUUGAGCUCGUCAUGGCGGCGUACGAGAGGCGCUUUCCUACAUGUCCUCUCAUCCCGGUGUUUUUGGGAAGUGACAUCGUUCAAGAACAUAAGAGUGAAGAUGGAUCUGUCCACGUGGUGGAGAGAAUCUGUAAGCUGAACGUCGAUGCCCCACGUCUUCUUAAAAAGAUUGCUGGGGUGGAGUUUGUCUUUUUUAUUCAGAAAAACACCUUAAACUGGAAGGACCGAACGCUGCUAAUUGAAGCUCGAAAUGAGACUUUUUCCACCCGUGUCUUGGUCAACGAGACGUGCAGUUAUUCAGUUCACCCAGAAAACGAGGAAUGGACCUGUUUUGAACAAUCUGCUUCUCUUGACAUCAAAUCUUUCUUUGGUUUUGAGAGUACCGUGGAGAAAAUUGCAAUGAAGCAAUACACAGCGAACAUCAAGAGGGGUAAAGAAGUUAUCGAAUUUUAUCUGAAUGAGUUGAUAUCUCAGGGCAUCACCCACCUCCCAAGAUGGAGUCCUGGUUCACAUGAUAGAAAUGAGCAUGCAUCGUGGACUGCAUCGGGGAUCACAGCGCAGAAUUCAAUGCCAGCCCUUGCAGAGUCCUCUGCUCAGGGCUCUACCAGAGUAGAUUUAGCAAUUCCAGGUGCAGAGACAAGUGCCUCUGAUGCUGAUAAACUAGAGGCUGAUUAUAUAGAACGUUAUUUGGGCAAACUCACUCCAAUGCAGGAGAGCUCUUUAAUCCACCUCCGACAAUGGCUGCAAGAAACAUAUAAAGGAAAGAUCCCCAAAGAUGACCACAUCCUGCGCUUCCUCAGGGCUCGGGACUUCAACAUGGAAAAGACUCGGGAGAUGCUCUGCCAGUCCUUAUCAUGGCGCAAGCAAUACCAGGUGGACUACAUCCUCCAGGCAUGGCGGCCGCCUCCCAUCUUAGAAGAAUACUAUGCUGGGGGCUGGCAUUACCAUGACAAAGAUGGUCGCCCCCUCUAUAUUCUGCGCUUGGGACAGGUGGACACUAAGGGAUUGAUGAAGGCUCUUGGAGAGGAGUCCAUUUUAAGACAUGUCAUAUCCAUUAAUGAGGAAGGACAGAAACGAUGUGAAGAGAACACUCUCCAGUUUGGAUGGCCCAUUGGAUCAUGGACAUGCUUGGUGGACCUAGAAGGCCUUAACAUGAGACAUCUCUGGCGGCCAGGAGUGAAGGCCUUGUUAAGGAUUAUAGAGGUUGUGGAAGCAAAUUACCCAGAGACUUUGGGGCGGUUGCUUAUUGUACGAGCUCCAAGAGUGUUCCCUGUUCUGUGGACUUUGGUCAGCCCAUUCAUUAAUGAGAACACAAGAGAGAAAUUUUUGAUAUACAGUGGAAACAACUACCAGGGGCCUGGUGGGAUCUCCGAUUAUCUGGACAAUGAAAUUAUCCCAGACUUUCUUGGAGGAGAAUGCAUGUGUAACAUCUCUGAAGGUGGAUUAGUUCCCAAGUCAUUAUAUCAAUCAGAUGAUGACACUGAGGCGUCAGAUCACAUCCGGCUAUGCACGGACACUGUUUAUCACUCUUCCUAUGUCUAUAAGGGAUCGCCACAUGAGAUCACAGCUGAGAUCCUAGAAGAGGAGUCUGUUAUCACCUGGGACUUUGACAUUCUUCGAGGAGAUGUGGUGUUCAGCCUAUUUCACUCCAAGCGAGCCCCACAAACUCACCAGAAGGACUUGGGCAUAGUGGCUGGUUCCACGCCUUCCACCAAUAAUGUACAAUUAAUUGAUAAGAAUUGGGUCAUGGGAGUUGAUUACAGCCUAGUGGAGUCACCUUUAAUUUGCAAGGAAGGAGAGAGCAUCCAGGGAUCCCAUGUGACUCGUUGGCCUGGCUUCUAUAUACUGCAGUGGAAGAUGCACAGCCCAGCUUCUGGUUCUAGUUUGGUUCGGGUGGAUGAUGUCCUUGCAUCUCUUCAAGGGUCCAGUCAUAAGUGCAAGUUCAUGUAUUAUUUUGAGGUGCUGGCAUCGGAGGAUUUCAGAGGCUCGAUGUCCAGCCUGGAGUCCUGCAGUGGUUUCUCUCAGCUGAGUGGUACCACCAACUCUUCCAACAAAUCUCAUAGUGAUUCGCUGAUAUCCAGAUAACGAAGAAUGGGGGGUUUCUGACCCCUCUACACACCACCCUCAUGCCUACAGAUGGCCUUAGCUAAUUGCUAGUGGACUAUAAGAUCUUCUGCUUCCAUGAAGUGCAACCACCUAACACAACUCUCUGUCUGAAGCAGCCCAACCUGCAAUACCAACGUUGGAAAACUUAUGUAAUGGAAGCUUAGUGGACGGUGCUAAUUCCUGAGGCAGAAAUUCUUGUAUGGGCUAUACCAAGAUCGUAACCUUAAACUCUUGGUCUUUGUUUCUACCAAGAAAUUUAUAUAAUUUAAGGUUACAGAAUUUUCAUAACAGAAGAAAUAGGGAACAACAUGCAUCUCUGCCUUUAUAUAAGGAUAUUAUAUAUGUAAGGCUCCCUAAUAAUUUAGUUAAGUUACCAUAUUUAUAAGUCCAUCCAAAACUUACCCUUCUGGUGAAAUAAGUAGGGAUACAGGGAUUGCUACAGGAACAAAUAAGGCUAAUGUAAAUGUCACGGGAAGAGAUAUUACAAUGGCUCAUGAAAAGAGAAGAGGGAUAUUGCAAUGACUGACAAAAAAGGGCAGCUAUACUGCAAUGGUUAGUGGAAUGAGCAGCAAUAGUGUCAUGGUUAAUGGAGGGAGUAAGGUAACUGUGGUGCCUAGUGGAAUAAGUUGUGUUUCUGCAAUUUUAUAAACCCACUAAUUCCAAUAAAGUGUGAGGUGCUUCCUAGUAAGGUGCUAAAUAAAUUGCAGAAGUGAAAAUCAACAGCAAACACUCCGCAUAAAUAUGCGUAUUUACUCGACAAACAGAAAAACAACACAUAGUGUUGUGCUAAUGAAGGGAGUAAGACAGCUGUGAUGCCUAGUGGAAUGAGUAGGGUUUUACAACACCUCUAUAAUCUGUAGUUUGGUUUAUGAGAUGAGACGUAGCUCAGUCCCCUCUACAAACUCUCAACACUGCCAGACGGUAAAUCGUGCCCUUUUAACUUAUUUAUGAAGCUUUAUUUUACUCAGGCCAAAAAUUUCUAAGAGAAAUAAACCAUUACUUACAAUU